GAAUGCGGGGAAUGAAAGGGGAAUGGCACUAGGCGCAAGACCGUUUGAUGACGCCGCAAGAGGAGUGGUAGGGGAGGUGGGGUUGCGUCGGGCAGACCUGUUUGAGCUGGCAGCAGAGGCGGGGCGAGAGUGGGAGGCGAGGCGCGGAAGGAAUGGGGGAAAGGGAAGGGUGAAGAAGAUGUGA